CUGUAUCUUGCCUAUCUCUUUCUCUAUCGUCUCUAUCGUCUCUAUCGUCUCUAUCGUCUCUAUCGUCUCUAUCGUCUCUUGUCGCCGUUAUCUUCUCCAAACCCUCCUCUUCCCGUCUUAUCUGCGGACUAUCUCAUUCCUGCAUCACGAGUAAUUAUUACUAUUGCCUGUCUGGAUAUCUUCAUCUCUUCAUCCAUGGCGCUCUUCCCGAUAGGGGCAUCCUGCCUCGGGUUUAUCUUCCUCGUAUCCCCCUUCCUUGAUCUCGUUGACUCUCCUCUGCUAACCCUUCACCAGCCUCUACUCCACUCUACCCAGUUCUUCUUCCUUUCAUCAGCUUGAUCUUUGCAGAAAUGGCAGGCAACUUGCCACAGCAGGAAUGCAAACCAGUGUCGACGGGGGUUGACAAGGACAACCUGGUCAUUCCGCUCAUCGAUUUCGGUCCUUUUCUCAAUGGGACCCCUGCCGACAAACACUCUGUUGGCAUCGCAGUUACCGAGGCGUUUAAAACGUCUGGAUUCCUCUACCUAAAAAAUCAUGGCAUCCCACCGUCCGUAGUGUCCCGUGUGUUUGCCUCGUCUGCCCGCUUCUUUGCUCGACCACAGGCAGAGAAGGAUAGUCUUGGCUGGACAACUCCACAGUCCAACCGUGGCUAUGUUGCUCGAGGCCGGGAGAAGCUGACACGGCCUGAUGACAAGAGUAACGUGCAGGCAUUGCGUUCUGCCAAUCCUGAUCUCAAGGAGACCAUGGAGAUCGGCCGUGACGGAGUGGAGGGCUUGCCGAACCGCUGGCCAGAUCACAUCGACGAUGAAGGGAAGGACUUCAAACAGGUCAUGCAGUCUUUCUUCCAGACAUGCAAAGAGCUCCAUACCCAAGUCAUGCGGGCUGUGUCCAUAGGAAUGAACCUUCCCGAGUCCUUCUUCGAUGAGUUUGUCGACGCUGGGGACAACAACCUCCGUCUACUCCAUUAUCCACCCAUCCCCAGGUCCGUCUUCAGUUCGAACCCUGACCAGGUUCGUGCUGGUGAGCAUAGCGACUACGGUUCGCUCACGCUGCUUUUCCAGGACGCCCGUGGUGGCCUCCAAGUUCGCAGCCCAAAGGGUACUUUCAUCGAUGCCACUCCCAUCCCAGAUACCAUUGUAGUCAACGCAGGUGACUUGUUGGCACGGUGGUCCAAUGACACCAUAAAGAGCACCAAGCAUCGAGUUGUCGAGCCCCCAAAACCAGCUAAUUCUGAAGCAGAGGAUAGUUCAGAUAUGUACCCGGCGCGAUACAGCAUCGCGUACUUCUGCAAUCCUAACAAUGACAAAUUUAUCGAGGCGUUACCUGGAACCUAUGGAGAGGAUCUUCAUAUCCCCAAGAAGUACUCUGGGAUCACUUCAGGGGACUACCUUGUGCAACGGCUGACGGCAACUUAUUAGACCAAUGCUGAACACAGUUUGUUCUUUUGCUUCUAUUCUAUUCUAUCUUCCUCUGUGUCUCUUUGGCUAUGAGAAUGCUAGGUUCAAGAGAUAGCCCCCCAAAACUAACCUCAUUCCGCCCAAUGGUUUAUUGUAUAUAGCCUAAUCCCCUUGCAUUCCUUCGAUGAAAAAUCAUCCCUGCUCAAGAUGUAUGUAUUGUAUAUCGGAGUAAUCAGGUCCAGCUAUACAACACUGUACAAACACUCACCACAACUCCCC